GGAAGAUGCUGCCGCGGCUGGUCCUGCCCGGCUGACGCUCCGCCGCCGCCGCCGCCGCCGCCGCCGCACCCCCGUCCCCAUUGUCCCCCGGCCGCCUCCGGCUCCAUGAGCGCCUCCUCCUCCCUCCUCCUCUGAGCUUCCCGCCCUCCACCUCAUGGCUGCAUCGGAAGAAGGGACCGGCUGCUUUCUCCCGCGAGGCAGGUCGCAGAGUGACCCCAGCAUCCUCACGGACCCCGCGGGCCCCGGGGAGCACCCAGAUGAGAUGGAGCAGUCCCCUGCAGUGCGUUCUGACUACUUGGUCUCAGGGAUUCGAACUCCACCAGUGAGGAGGAACAGCAAACUGGCAACACUGGGCAGGAUCUUCAAACCGUGGAAGUGGCGGAAAAAGAAAAAUGAGAAGCUAAAGCAGACAUCUGCAGUGCUGGAGAAGAAGAUGACAGCACGGCAAGGGAGGGAUGAACUCAUUAAGAAAGGCCUUCUGGAGAUGAUUGAACAAGAUACUGAAGGCAAAGCCUGCACUGGUGACGAUGGCACGAGGGUGACACAGAGCGAGGCUCCAGCAGCUGUGUGCCAGGCACUCACCUCAGAGGAGGAGCAGCAGGACACCACAACUGCGGCCACAACGAAUGUGACCUCCUUUGGUGAGGAGCUGCACUUGGAUGAGCUGAAAGAAGAUGCAGCCAAGAAACCUUCAGCACCCACGGAAGAACUGGAAGAUGCCAGCCUGCCAGCAUCUGAAGACAGUCCACAAGCCUUACUUGUACCUGAAUCCACAGAUUCCCCCCAGAAGCAGACAGAAAGAAACCCAGCACAGCUUCCCAGCCCUCCAUUGCUCCCAGCUCCACCACCUAAGGCAAUCUCCAAAAUCACCAAGAGCAUAACAGCAGGAAGCGAAACAGACGAUCCAGCCAUGAAAUCUCCUCCUUCCACCAUCCUGAAGAACUAUGUCAUUGUGGGUUCCUCCCAAAUCUCAGGACAAGCUGCCCUCUUCCACCCCUCUGGCCAGAAAAGCUGCGAGCCCCAUGGCAGAGGCCAGGUAACAACGCCCACUGGUUCCCCUCACCUGGCUGCCGUUCAUCUGCCUUUACCUCCCAGCAGAGUCAUUGAAGAACUCCACAGGGCUCUGGCCACCAAACACCGGCAGGACAGCUUCCAUGGAAGAGAAAGCAAAGGCUCUCCAAAAAAAAGGGUGGAUGUCCGUCCCUCGAGAACAUCGAGUAUGGAGCGCAACAAAGAGAAGGAGAACUCGCUGAGUUAUGGCAGUGACUCAGAAAACAAGAGGAACUCAGUUAAAGAGUCAGAUGAGAACAAAGAAAACAUGAUCAUGAACUCGGAGCUCAAGGAAGAGUCUGUUUUUUAUCAGGAUGAGGAAGUUCUGAACGACUCUGUUAUUUCUGGUACUUUGCCAAGAAAAUGCAAGAAAGAGCUGCUGGCAGUAAAGCUACGGAACAGACCAAGUAAGCAGGAGCUGGAAGACAGGAAUAUUUUCCCAAGGAGAACAGAUGAGGAAAGACAGGAAAUCCGGCAGCAAAUUGAAAUGAAACUCUCAAAGCGACUCAGCCAAAGACCCGCUGUUGAGGAGCUAGAAAGAAGGAAUAUACUGAAACAACGAAAUGAUCAAACGGAACAGGAGGAGAGGAGGGAAAUCAAGCAGAGACUGACAAGAAAGCUUAACCAGAGACCUACGGUUGAUGAACUGAGAGACAGAAAGAUCCUGAUUCGAUUCAGUGAUUAUGUGGAAGUGGCAAAAGCACAGGACUACGACAGGAGAGCAGAUAAACCAUGGACACGACUGUCAGCAGCAGACAAGGCAGCAAUUCGGAAGGAGCUGAAUGAAUACAAAAGUAACGAAAUGGAGGUUCAUGCAUCAAGCAAACAUUUGACAAGAUUUCACAGGCCAUAGAAAUUUUCUUCUGAGAAGAAUCUGUCUUUACUUUUUGAUAUUGCUGCUGAACACACAUCAGGGAACCCUGAAGCCUUUCCCUGAGGUUCAGUGCAGGCUCCCUGGACGUUGAUGUGACAGAAGGACUCUGCAGUGAAGCCUCUGCAGCCCUUGGGGACAGGACGCCAGCCCCGAGCUCUGGAGGCAGAAGAGUCUGGCCUGUGGAGUGGGACAAGCUGCUGAAAAAGACUGAAGUGAAGCUACUUGGGAGAGCCUCCUCCUCUCCUUUCCCACCUGAGUGGAACUGGUUUGCAGGCUGCCUUGGAAAAGGAGAUGUUGUGCAUGUACAGGCUUUACCAUUCCAAGGCCUCCGACAUAAAUGGACAUGACACUCUGUCAUCCAGUAUUACGUUGACAAGACAUUUUGAACUUACCACAAUUAGUUUGUAAAACACCUAAGUUCAUGUUCUAAAAACUAAUUUAAUGUAUUAUAAUUUCAUUCUUUUUUAUAUACUGUCUAACAGAAUCACAGCUGCAAGCAUUUUUGAUUCCUGUUACUUUUGUUCUUUAAUUAAAUGACUACUUAUUGCAGGAAAUGAA